CUACAAAAUUGUUCAUAUUUUGCAAGUUUUAGACGUAACAACACAGCACAUAACUAGAGCUAACUCUAGCUCUCUAGAAUGCCGUUAUCAGGGACCGCUCUGUAAUGUACACCACUGGUGCUUUGCUUACUUACCACGACCUUGAUGUAAUAAGAACCACGUUCACUUACCACUUACCAAGUGCUUACAGCUGAAACAAACUAGUAUCUGUUGUAGUUGUAGAAAUCAUGGCAUGGAGAACAAGGAUUAAAGAUAGGAUUAGGAUAAAGAACCAGCUUGGGAGGGAAACAUUGGCUGAAUUUAUAGGUACCUUCAUACUAUUAUUGAUCGGUGAUGGCUCCGUUGCACAAAGUGUGCUUAGUAGAAAUGCAUCAGGGGCUUACCUUUCCGUGAACCUGGCCUGGGGACUAGCAGUUACCAUGGGAGUCUUCUUUGCGGGGGGUGUAUCAGGUGGGCAUAUCAAUCCAGCUGUGUCUUUGACCAAUUGUAUCCUGGGCAGACUCCCUUGGUUCAAGUUACUGCCUUAUAUGCUUGCUCAAUACCUCGGUGCUUUCACGGCAGCCGCUGUUGUUUUCGCCGUCUACAAUGAUGCUUUAAACAACUUUGAUGGUGGUGUACGAAUCACAGGAUAUGGGGCAAAUGCAACAGCUGGAAUAUUUUCUACGUUUCCUAAAGAAUACGUCAGUACGUGGACGGGGCUAGGAGAUCAAAUCGUUGGAACUGCCUUACUCGUCGGCUGCAUCCAGGCUAUAACAGAUAAAAAUAAUUUCUCCCCGUCAGACCGGGGUAUCAAAGCGAUCUCAAUCGGGUUUGUGGUGCUCGCCAUAGGGCUUUCAUUGGGACAUAAUUGCGGUUAUGCAAUAAACCCCGCCCGUGAUCUUGGCCCCAGGAUAUUAACAUCUAUAGCUGGUUGGGGCGUGUCCCCCUUCUCAUUUAGAAACUACAAUUGGUUCUGGGUUCCCAUUGUCGGGCCUCACAUAGGUGCUAUUCUGGGAGCGUGGAUGUAUUUGCUUUUCUCUGGUAUACACUCCGAGAAUGACUCGUGGCAGAGUGACUCGUCGGACCUUCAAUUAGAUGCAAUUAAAGGACCAUCAAUGGAUGAAAUCAAAAGAACAAAUGAAAUAAACGGGAACGUCAAUUUAGCGUAUGUACCAUUAUAUUGGGUGGUGGUGUAAGUGGCGGUGAAGGGAUAGCAAAAUUGUGGCGUCUAAUUGAGACACCAUUACUAGUAUAAACAUGGGGGUGUUAUUCCAGCUGAAAAAAGAUAGCAAAGGAGAUUGUCUGAUGAUGUGUUUAUACUAAUACUACAACGAUAGGGAGUAGUGUUACAUCACUUAACUCUAUGAGAGUGGGGACAUACCAUAGAGACAGACCUCAGUAUAAAUCACAUUGGGACAAUGGAGUGGGCAUAACAAAAUUUUGAAUAUA